CCGGAAUCGCUGACAUCGCCGGAGAGCAGGAGGAGGACGCCGCCGGGGAGGAGGAGGCGCCACCUGCAAGGCCUGCGCUGCACUGCGGGAGUUUAAUUUGUCCAACAUGCAAAGCCACAGCAAGAUCUCCGAUGCCUCUGGCUCGACGCCACCCGCUGCAUCUGUGAUCCAAGGUUGGGCAGAGCUCCCAGAUAGCCUGCUUCACUCCAUUGUUGCUCUGCUGGGCACCUUCCGUGACCUUCUCGCCUUCACUGGCACCUGCCAUGCUUGGCGUGCUGCCUUCUCAUCCUACCCAUCAAAAUCUGCCUUUCGCGCUUCACUUCCACCCCUCCUCGUCCGACCCAAUGUCCGCGUCAAGCCCCCUUGCUUCCCUUCUAGCGAAAAUGGUAAUGGUGGCCGCAAGAAGCUGCGCGCGUGUGAGGUCAUUGAUCUUGCCAACCGGAGCACCCCGCUUCGCUGCCAGAUUCCUCGAGAAACUCUGCAGAAGAUGCGUUUCGCAGGCUCGUCGCAUGGUCAGCUCAUCUGCUGCCGCCGUGGUUACUGUCUCGUUGUUGAUGUGUUCACCGGCGCUGAGGUCUCGCCUCCACGUCUCCCGUUCAGCGAGGACAGGGAGGAGUUCUACUACUGUGGCACUCUGACGGCUCCCAUCACGUCGCGCGGCUCGCAUCUCCUGAUCAGCACCCAGUCCUCGCUGUUUGAUUGGCCGGUUGGGAGUGAUUCUUGGUCUGAGCUCAAGCUUCCGGUCAAUCGGGUCGAUCAGAUCGUGGAAUUCAAUGGCCAGCUCUUCGCUGUGAUCGAAUACAGCCUCUACGCUCUGCAGCUGGCACCCAAGCUUCGCCUGAAGAAGAUGAAGACUCUCUGGUGGGAUGGCAUGAAUGAAUGCCCAUACCUAAGGCCAUGGUUCGUGGUUUGCGGUGACAUGCUUCUCGUCGUUGACCAUUACAUGAGUUUCUCGUUUGGAGCACCAGUCGUCUACAGAACAUACCGUCUGGACAUGUCGACCAAGCCUGCAAAAUGGGUGGAGGUGAAGAAGCUGGAGAACUGGGCGCUCUUCAUUGGGGGUGAUGCAAGGAGCCCGCCAUUUUCUUUCAAGAACCCGGAGAGCUGGGGAGGGAGGAGCAACUGCUUGUACUAUGCUCACUACUCUCAGCCAUGGAGCCUUCAUGGGCUGGGUGAUGAUGCAGAUGCUGUGUGGGAUCCUACCACUGAUGAUGACCUUGUGUUCAAAAGGAACUGGUAUGGCCAGCUUCAAGCCUUCUGGGUGUACCCAAGCAUGUUCUAUUCAGAUGGAGACGGCCAGUACUGAUUGGCAUCACAACUGCUCCUGCUCUUAUGAUCUUAUCAGCUUCUCAGAAACUUUGCCUUCUGAUGUAGAUCAGACACACCAGCAACUUGGCUACAGAUCUAGGAGUUCCUCUUGGUGGUAAUAAUUGGUUAGCUUAACACUUGCAGUCGUUUUGUAGUUCAGUUCAGUUCAGUUAUUAGCUGCAUUGUCUAGUCUAGUAUUGUGUGGGUGCUUUGGAAUGCUUUUGUUUCUAAUUAUCUAGCUGUUGCUUUUGUGCUGGAACUGAAAGGUGGAAGCCUAGAACUGAGUGCCGGUGACGUUAAAGAGUGUUUCAUUCAAUCACAUGUGUUUAUCUUGUGGGACA